AUGACUCAAGCAGCUAACGUCUGGCAAUGGCCCCUUCAAGGAAAAGAGGGAGCUGUCAAGGUUAUUGAGGAUAGAAGACAUUUCGAGGUCGGACUUGAUGCCACCUACUUCAAGGAUGAGGAUAUCACUGUGAAAGUGAUCGACAAUCAGAUGGAGAUCAUGCUUGAGCAUGAGCAGAGGACUAGCCGCUUUGGAGUCGUUAAGAGAACUAUCAACAGAUGCUACCGUCUGCCAGAGGGUGUUGAUCCACGAACCGUUCGCCACCAUCUCUACAAUAAUGUCCUUUACAUCCGUGGAGACAAACGGUGGUAU